AUGUUCCUCCUUCUCUCGAUGUGCAUGUGUGGUCUUCUGCUGCGAGGUGACGCACAGGACCGAGCUGCUCUGUGGAGGGGAAACGACCGAAGUGGACGAUGCCAGUACACCUUCACUGUACCCAGCCCGGUCGAGGCCAGCUGCCCGCAGACCGGAGGCCCCGAGGUGGAGGGCCUGAAGGCUAGACUCAGCCUGCUGGAGGUGCUGGUGUCCCAGCUUUCUGGGGGGGACACCGGGGGUCCCCUAGGGGCUGGAACCAGAGUUCAGCCUGAGCUUCAGGAGGCGCUGAACCGGGCCAUGGGGGAGAGGAACCUGCUACAGGGGGAGAAGGAGCGCCUGGAGGGGGAGUUGGAGGUGCUUCAGCGCAGGAUGGAGGAGAUGAGAAGGGAGACGGAGAGGCUGAGAAACAGACCAUGUCCCCCGCAGACCCCUGCGGUGCCACCAAGCCAGCCUCUGCAGAACAGUGGCCUGACGAGACCUGCAGUGGGUUCCAGUCUGAUGUCUCAGCUGAUGACCAGGCCCAACAGCCAGGGAGACAGCAGCAGUUUGAGAGACUCAAUGUGGCAGUACAGAUCUCCAAGCUUCCAGGAACUGAAGGCAGAGGUGACAGAGGUACCUGCUCCUGACGGCUCCGAGGACAACACAGGUUGUGGGGAGCUGGUUUCAAUUGGUGAGCCGGUCACUCAUAGGAAGGCCGACAACAUAGAAGGUAAAUAUGGUGUUUGGAUGCAGGAUCCCGAAGCUGUCUCCCCUUAUGGACCCAACAUGGUCUGGCGCAUUGACACCAUUGGCUCUGACGUCAGGAAGCUGUUCGGGUAUGAGGACAUGGAACAACUCUCUAAAGGCUUUCCAUCCAAGGUCCUGUUGUUGCCGGAGCCGGUGGAGAGCACUGGUGCCACUGUGUACCGAGGCUCCCUGUACUAUCAGAGGCGUCGCAGCCGCACCCUCAUCCGCUACGACCUGGCAUCUGAGAGCGUCGCAGCCCGCCGUGACCUCUCCCAUGCCGGCUUCCACGGCCAGUUCCCCUACUCCUGGGGAGGCUACACGGACAUCGACCUGUCUGUGGAUGAGCGGGGGCUGUGGGCCGUCUACUCCACCAACAAAGCCAAAGGAGCCAUCGUGAUCUCACAGCUGGACCCACACAGUCUGGAGGUGAAGAAGAGCUGGGAGACCAACAUCAGGAAGAACUCUGUGGCCAACUCCUUCAUUGUCUGCGGCAAGCUGUACACCGUGGCCAGCUACACGGCACCCGACACCAUCAUCAACUACAUGUAUGACACCGAAACCAGCCAGGGGAAGCCCGUGGCCAUCCCAUUCAGGAACAAGUACCGCUACAACAGCAUGAUCGACUAUAACCUGGCUCAGAGGAAGCUGUUUGCCUGGGACAACUACUACAUGGUAUCCUAUGACCUCAGGCUGGGUCGCCAGCAGGCCAACUGAGGAUGCCAUGAGAGACUGUUGAAAAGUGACAUUUGCUCACCUGUUCCUGCUUCAAAGACUCGGAGUUUUAGAGCAUAAUGCGUGUGGUAGAAGUAGUAAUACAGCCAACACCAUCAGUAUCGACAUGUAGAAGAGCCUAACAACCAAACUCCAAAGACGAAGACGUUUAAGGAACAGUGUCCCCUGCAGGUCUGCUUUUUUUUUUCUUCAGUGGGAGGAGCUUUUGCUGUGGCAUGGUCCACAAAUAUGUUUUUAGAGGAAUUAUUUUUGUACUGCCUUUAAUUCAGAUGUAUUAUUUUUUUGUUUGUAUUUGAGGUCUGAAAGAUGAAGCACAGUGGAAUUUCACAAGCAAGUGGGAUAAUUAAUGCAUACAAUUAACAACACACACUCCUGUGGUGCUACCCGCCCUACAGCAUUUCACCAGUCCACAUCUUUAUUAAAUAAAUUGCUCUCUCACUCAGCAUGUAUUAAAUAUCGCAUGUCCUUGUCCAUCAACAUACUGUUGUAAUGUAAAUUGUAAUGAAAUAAACUUCUUCCUAAAUUA